UGGUCCGAAUUGUCUUAAUUCCGCAGGUAACGACCUUUCAAAGAUGGCAGCCUCCACAAAAACAUGAAAAUUAUAAAAUUAGUGCAUUGAUAUGGACGGGCAAGAAAUAAAGCGAUCAAAUUAUAUGCGGGGGACAGCAGCUUAUAAAUUUCGAAACAGAUUCGUAUUCGGACUUGUUGCUUUUGGCCUGGGAUUAGGAGCUGUAAUGAAUUAUUUUGUGGAUGUAAAAAAAUCUAGGCUGUUUGUUCAGAUAAAGAAAAACCAGGAAUGGAGAGAUGAAACACUAAGAAGACAACAACAAAUAAGUCAGUUAAAAGCUCUUGAGAAAGCAAGGGAUAAAAAAACAAUCAAAUCUGUUUAAAAUCAUACAGAUAUUGUGUUGAUUAGUGAACAAACUUUUGACUUACAUUUGACUUUCAUUAUCUAUCUAUAGAGAUUGUAAUGGAUGAUUAUAUGAAUUGUUUUUGUUAGUUUAUAUUUUGUAGUAGGUGUGGAUGAUAAGAAAAACAUUUAACACUUGUGUGUCUUACUUUUCUUGAUAUGUGAAAUUUUGUUAUUUGAAAAAAUAAAAAUUAGCACACUAUCUAUCUUUUAACAAUGAGUUCCUUUGGUGAAAUUUCAAAAAACCAGAAAACCAAACUUUCUCUUCAGAGGAAGGUUAUAAAACCAUGCACAGAUCUUGUAGACAUUAUAAAACAACCCUCUUUGAAUGAAACAUGUGAAUUCAGAUCUGUAGAAAAGAUGCAAAAGUUCUUUAGCAGUAGUGAAUCUCAAAGUAAGGAAGAUGGGAUGAGAAAAGGAAAGUCAACUAGGAGAAAUUUAAUCAAUAAAAAUUCUUCCAAAGCCCCCAAAAAUGAAAAAUCUAAAAAGAAAGUUCAGAUCAAAACUGAAAUGUUAAAAGAUACUGAGAGCACUAAUGCGGUGCUUUUAAAUCAACCUUCUUGUUCAAAGUUAAAUAACAAAGGUACAGAGGACUUGGAGGAUACUGUAAAAAUUGAAAAUAAGACUGAGAAAACUAAAAACCAAAAUGAGGCUGAUGAAUCAAAUGUAAUUGAGAUAGAUUGUGAAGAGGAUGACAAAGCAGGAAGUAAAGGGAAAUGUUUGGCGUGUGGUAAAGACGACAUAGAUUCACUAGAAAUGGCUACCCAUCUACAGACUUGUCUCAAAUCAAGGUUUCAAAGAGGAAAAACUCAAACAGAAUCAGAAAACAAGGUUGCUGGACAGGAAGUAAAACUAGCUGAUCCUAAAGUAGAAAAAGUGGAAUGUUUCUUUUGUCAGAUAUGUCAAAAAGAUUUGUCUAGGAUGAAUUCACAUAGACGCACCCAGCAUCUAAAUAGGUGUAUUGAUAAGGAUGAAGAGGAACAGAAUAUAAAAGAUUUAGAGAAAAAAGCUUUAGAACAUGCUAAAACUGCAGUACUGGAUUGUCCUAUGUGUGGUAAACCUUGUAAAACUGAUAAUGCCAGAAAAGUACACGUAAAGAAAUGUGGUCAAGAACUGAAAGUAUCAACAGAUCAGGUGUUAAAACUAAUGAAAAAACAAGAGGAGGAACACCAGAUGUUAAUAGCAGCUGGUAUCCUGCCCAAAUCUAUGCUCAGUAAACUGAAGGGUAAAGAAAGAUCAAGUUCAGUUUCAACUAAAACUAAAAAAGCUCCAAAAGAGCCUAAAAGCCAGUUUGAUGCAGACCUACAAAUGGCCAUGGCUAUAUCAAUAUCAGAAAGUAAACCUGUUGACAAACCAGAACCAAAGAAAAGCAAGAAAAAGAAAGGACCAGGAGAUCCGACGAUGUUAGUCGCAAUGACCAAGGAGGAGAAGAAAAGAAGAUUGUCUAUGAGAGUUACUAAUAUGUUAGUUCCUGAGGAAGAGGAAUGUAGUGACAUUGAUCUAACACCAGAGUUUGCCAGGAGUGGUAUAGAAGAUAAAUAUCUUUCACAGACAGAACAGAUACCAAGCUUAUGGAACAAAUGUAGUUUACAAUCAGAAAAUAAAGAAAAUUGGAAAAAAGAAACUUAUUAUGUUGAUUGUUUAGUCCCUCCUUUAGAGGUCAGCAAGGUCAUAGCAGGUUCAAAGCUCAAAAGAAUGUCUGAAAUUCCAGGCAGGGAUACUUCAUUUAUAAGACCAAAGACUCCAUUAAAAGCACCAGUUGCAAGGAUAUCAAGAAACAACACUAUAUCAGAAUCUAGGGACACCCAGGAGGAAAUUUUAGUGGCAUCUACACAAACAGCUGUAGUACUGGCAGAGCUAGCAGCUGAUUCUUCACAGUUAUCUGUCCCUAAUUUUGAUUGUAGUGGGUUCUGUCCAGAACAGCCAAUCAAUAUACAGCCUAUACAGAACACAGACUUGUUAGGAGGUUUACAGAAAUCUAUGUUGUCCUUAGUAAACAUGUCUAGCCAUGCUGAUGUACAGAUCCACACAAUAGGGGGAGAUAUAGUUUUUUGUCAUAAAGUCAUACUUACCUGUAGAUGUUUGAGCAUUCUGAAGUCUUGA